UCACUGAUCACCUUUUGUCACACGAUGUCGCUGGAGACCACAGAUUGCAAUAUUUCUGUAUAUGUGAAACUCCUCCUCCCUACAAAGGGAAAUUAAAUCGUCAUCGGCUGUCGCAUGUAUCUGGAACAGUAUUUGUCGAAAAAGGCAGGAUAUGAAAACAGAUUACAUUGCGUUUAACAAAGCAUCUAAAUAGUUUGUUAAUUAAUGAUUUGGGGUCUGCUUUAUUUUGGCACUAAGGAUGUAUGUUCGACGACUAAAGGAUUACGCCUGGAUUCAUAUUAUUUCGCUUCUUUGUCUUUGUGACGGGACUGCUUCUCAGAUCUCUUACUCCAUUUCCGAGGAGCUGAACAAAGGUACCACGGUGGGAAAUAUCGCAAAGGAUUUAAGUCUCAGCCUUAAGGACCUGGAGACCAGGGACCUCCAAAUCGUAUCAGGUUAUUCUAAGAAACAUUUUGAUGUGAAUUUGCGAACUGGAGAGAUCUUUGUUAAUGAAAGAAUAGAUAGAGAAGAAUUUUGUCCAUCCAUUGAAAAAUGCUCCUUAAAAUUACAGGCUGUUCUAAGUGAUCCGAUGAAUGUGCACCGUAUUGAAAUAAACGUGUUAGAUAUAAAUGAUAACUCGCCUGUUUUCAGUGAGCAAUCACAUGUUUUUAAUAUACUUGAAUCCUUGUCUCCGGGAGAGCGAUAUCCUCUCCCAGUGGCUGAGGAUGCAGAUACUGGAAGCAACUCCGUAAAAACAUACAAGCUGAGUCAAAAUGAAUACUUCUCUCUGGAUGUGCAGAGCGGAGGAGAACACGGUUUGUCUGCUGAGUUAGUGCUACAAAAAGCUUUAGACAGAGAGAAACAGUCGGUAAUUACGCUACUUCUGACUGCUGUGGAUGGAGGUAAACCUCCCAGGUCUGGAACACUGCAGUUGACUGUUAAUGUUGUAGAUGUCAAUGAUAAUACACCGACAUUUAGCAAGUCUCUUUAUAAGACGAGAGUUAAAGAAAACUCUGCACCCGGAACAAUGGUAAUAAAGCUGAACGCAACUGAUGUGGACGAGGGCAUGAACAGUAAGAUCGUGUAUUCAAUGAUUAAACGAGGUAACAUUGAUCCAUCGGUAUUGUUUAAUAUGAAUUCAGAAACAGGAGAAAUCACUGUGAAGGGAGCAUUAGAUUAUGAAGACACACCUGCUUAUGAAGUUAGAGCUAAAGCGAUGGAUCAAGGUCCGGUUCCUCGAAGUGGAUAUGCUAAAUUAUUGAUAGAGGUCAUUGAUGUUAAUGAUAAUGCACCAGAAAUAUCCAUAACUUCAUUAAUGACCCCUAUAAAAGAGGACACAGAACAGGGGACAAUCGUUGCUUUGAUAACUGUGAGUGAUAAAGAUGGAGGAAGUAAUGGUUUAACUAACUGUAAGGUAGUGGGGUCUGUUCCAUUUAAACUAAAGUCCAACUACAAAAACGACUAUUCAUUAGUAGUAGAUGCACCACUGGAUAGAGAACACACCCCGUUAUACAACGUGACCAUUAUAGCCACUGAUGAAGGAAGUCCGCCCCUAUCGAGUAUCAGGAUCAUUACUGUUCAUGUUUCUGACGUUAAUGACAACGCACCUCAAUUCACAGAGCCUGUAAUUAAUGUUUAUGUGAAAGAAAAUAGUCCAACAGGCUCCAGUCUUUACAGGAUAAAGGCCUAUGAUGCCGAUUUAAAUGACAAUGCUAAAAUGACUUACACACUGUUAGACAAUUAUCCAAAAAAUAUUCCGGCUUCAUCACUUCUAAACAUUAACUCAGAGACAGGAGAUAUAGUCAGUUUACAGUCUUUUAACUAUGAGGAAACAAAAACGUUUCAGUUUAAGGUUCAGGCCACAGACUCUGGUGUUCCUCCGCUCAGUAGCAACGUGACUGUCAACGUUUUUAUCCUGGAUGAGAAUGACAACAGUCCCACAAUCCUGGCUCCUUAUUCUGAACACGGGUCCGUUAACAGUGAGAACAUUCCCUAUUCUGCUGAAGCGGGAUACUUUGUGGCAAAGAUCAGGGCCGUAGACGCAGACUCUGGAUACAAUGCACUGCUUUCUUAUCACCUCUCGGAACCCAAAGGAAACAGCCUGUUCCGGAUCGGAACCAGCACCGGCGAAAUCAGGACUAAGAGGAGGAUGAGUGACAAUGAUCUGAAAACUCACCCCUUGGUGGUGUUGGUUUCUGAUAACGGAGAACCCUCCCUGUCAGCUACUGUGUCUAUUGAUGUAGUGGUGGUUGAAAACACAGCUGACAUCCAGACUCAGUUCAGACAUGUACCCAUAAAGGAGGAGAGCUUCUCUGAUUUAAACCUGUAUCUGCUGAUCGCCAUUGUGUCAGUGUCCGUGAUCUUUCUGCUGAGCCUCAUCACUUUGAUAGCGGUCAAAUGUCACAGGACAGACGGCAGUUUCAGCAGGUACAGCGCCCCCAUGAUCACCACCCACCCUGACGGGAGCUGGUCUUACUCGAAAUCUACUCAGCAGUAUGACGUGUGUUUCAGUUCAGACACACUGAAGAGUGAUGUAGUGGUUUUCCCCGCCCCGUUUCCACCUGUAGAUGCUGAACUGAUCAGUAUCAACGGAGGAGACACUUUUACAAGAACUCAGACUUUACCCACUAAAGAAAAGGUAUGUAAUCCUUCCCAACAAGUUAAAAUACAUUUUAACCUUUUGUAGAAUGCAUGCAGUUUC